AUAACAUCAACCUUUUUUUUUCUUAUGUGAUGAUGGACAAUUACAACCUUUCAUAAAGGAUUAAACAUUGAACAAGACACCAUCACAUGUGGCCGAAAAAAAAACAAUGGAUCAAAAAGGUUAUGAAGUGAGUGGAUAAAAGAACUCCAUAAAAACCAUGAGUUUGAUUUAUAGUUUUCUUCCUCCUCUUGCUUAUAGUUGUUCUCAAAAUCACACUAACACCAUUCCUAAACUCAAAUCUGAAAAACCAAACCUUACACCCAAGAAGUUCCUACCCAAUCUCUUAUCUCUAGCCAUUGCCGUAACAUUAACCUCACCAUUACCUUCCCAUGCAAUACCUUCCCUCAAUUCUCAAUCCCCUUCAACCUCUCUCACCACCCCUUUUUCUCAAUCAAAGAGCUUGCUUAUUGGACUAGAAAAUGGAAAAAUUAGACCUUGCCCAUCAAUAAAUCCUGGUUGUAUAUCAACAAAUCCAAAGUCAUCAUCUUUUGAUUUUCCUUGGACGAUUCCUGAAAAUUCAAUUGAUAAAGCUAUUGAGAAACUGCGUGAAGCAAUCCUUGAGACUCAGAAAAAUGUGAAAUUCCAACUUGUGGAAGAUACCCCAAAUGGGCAAUAUCUGCAAGCUGAAGUCGAUGGAGGAUUCGAAAGAGAUGUACUCGAGUUUCUGGUGAAAGGUGAUGUGGUUACUUACAGGUGUAUGGCAACAAAAGUAACUUAUGUAUACCCUUUCACAACUGCAUUUGGAGAUUCAAAGGGUCAAGAAGCAAGACUCAAGCAAAUUAAUUACCAGUUGGGCUGGUAUGCUCCCAGUUUUGAUUCAAUGGAAUAGAAACUGCUGUUUCUCUUUUAUGUUGAUUUAAUUAUUUGGUUUUUGUGUAGCUGAUCAAUGCCCUAUUAUUAAAUGCAAUUUCAUGGCUUUUUCUGUUUUGCAACUAAAUGCUAAUUAUUAUAAAAUGCUUAUAGUCUCAAAUUUA